CUGAAUCUGAAUCAUCAUGAUCAAUGACUCGCUUCGGCUUUCUUUCUAGCUCACACACUUUCAAUGGAUUCUUUGUCCUUUGCUUUGAUGUUUUCCUUCUCAAGCUGCUGAGUAUCAAACGGGUCUCACGUAUUCCUACGUAUCUCUCUUCCCAAAGGUCAAAGUUUGAAUCUAGUUUGCGAUAAUUAUAUAUUUUGGCUUCCGCUUAUAAUCCUCCAUCCUGCGCAGUUUCUGCAUCAAUGGCGGAACCUAAAGAAAGGUAUGGUGUUGUUACAGGAGCGAACAGAGGGAUCGGGUUGGAGACUGUGAAAAUGUUGGCCUCCAAUGGAGUCAAGGUGGUUCUCACAGCAAGAGAUGAGAAGAGGGGCCUCGAAGCCCUUGAGAAAUUGAAAGCCUUUGGCAUCUCCCACCUUGUAAUUUUUCAUCAGCUUGAUGUGAUGGACACCGCUAGUAUUGCUUCUCUUGUGGAUUUUGUUAAAACCCAAUUUGGGAGACUUGAUAUUCUGGUGAACAAUGCAGCGAUCAGCGGAUUAAAUUUGGAUGAGUUGGGGGAGGGCCCACCUUACAAUUGGAGGGCAUUGACUCAAACUUAUGAGUUGGCUGAGAAAUGUCUGCAAACAAACUACUAUGGCGCUAAGGAAACAACGGAGGCUUUUCUUCCCCUUCUUCAGCUGUCCAAUUCUCCAAGGAUUGUUAAUGUUUCCUCCCAAGCAGGGUUGUUGAAGAACAUACCGAACAAGUGGGCGACAGGGGUGCUUGAUGGUGUUGAUGAUCUUACAGAGGAGAGACUAGAUGAGGUAGUAAGAGAGUUUGUCAAAGACUUCAAAGAAGGAACAGUGGAAGCCAAAGGAUGGCCAACUUUUCUGUCUGCUUAUAUGGUUUCAAAAGCAGCCAUGAAUUCUUACACAAGGAUUCUGGCGAGAAAGUACCCAAACAUGUGUAUUAACUGUGUCUGUCCUGGAUUCGUAAAAACAGACAUUAACAGAAACAGUGGUAUCUUAUCUGUGGAAGAUGGUGCUGCUAGUGUUGUAAGAUUAGCUUUGCUCCCAAAUGGUUCACCUUCUGGCCUCUUCUUUGCUCGCCAUGAAGUGUCCAGCUUUUGAAUCAUACUAAUUAGCAUCACAGUUUUUCUUAUCAAACUUUGAAAAUAUGGAUCUAUGCUGCCAUUUUUUACCCAUAUUUUUCUGUCACAACUGGUUACAUCACAA